AUGCUGGCAUCCACACCUCGCGUUGCUACGACCUCGAAAUAUAUCGCUGGGCCUGUCCCGCGACAGAAAUUCAGACUCGCGGCAACUGGCUUAUCAAGAUAUUUUGCGACAUCAUAUCCGGCACAAAAGCAACUGACAUUGCUCCAAGACAAACACCAUGGAUUUGGGUUUGCACGAUCUAACCCUAGGCUUCCCAAGCCUAGGAGCAAAGGGGUCACAGAGAUCAGAGGUCCAUACUAUACGGUGAUGGGAAAGCGAUACUUAGCCGAUGUUCUAGAAACAAUGGGUACCCAUGUAGAUGGUCUGAAAUUCGCAGGAGGCUCUUUCUCUCUCUUCCAGGAGAAGCCCUUGAGGGAACUGAUAGACCUCGCCCACGACUACGGUGUUUAUGUUUCAACUGGGGGAUGGGCUGAGCAUCUUCUCACACAUCCCGACGCCAAUACUGUCUUUGAUAAGUAUCUCAAGAAAUGCAAGGAGCUCGGAUUCGAUGUUAUUGAACUCUCGUCUGGUUUCUUAUCGUUCCCAGAAGAUGACUGGCUCCGCCUGGUUGACAAAGUCCACGCGUACAAGCUGAAGGCAAAGCCAGAGCUCGGCAUUCAGUUUGGUGCUGGUGGUGAUACACCUGCUUCUGGCCUCGAAGCUAUUGGGACUUCCGACCCUGGAAAGCUCGUUAACAUGGGCCGUAAAUUCCUCGACGCGGGUGUCGAACGCUUAAUGAUCGAAUCUGAGGGCAUAACAGAAAAUGUGCAGUCAUGGCGGACUGACGUUGUGUCCACAAUAAUGAAGGAAUUGCCGUCUGAGCGGGUCAUGUUCGAGGCGGCAGAUCCCAAGGUGUUCAACUGGUAUAUCAGGGAGUUUGGCAUCGAUGUGAACUUGUUCGUCGACCAUAGUCAGAUUGUUCAACUGUCAUGCCUGCGACAGGGCAUUUGGGGCACAGCUGACACCUGGGGUAAAGUGGUAUCAUUCCGGUCAGAAUAA